UUUUUAAAUGAUUACAGGAGUCCAAUUCAACAUGAGUUUUACUUAAUCCGUUUCAUGGAUAACCCACUUUAGCGAAAGGCAGUAAGGCACCAUAGAUCUCGAAUUUCCCGCCAAAACAGAAAAGGCGCCAAACACCCUCCUCUUCUUCUUCCUCUAUCAGAUAGGUAGAAAUAACCGAACAUUUCCCAAAUUAUUUCUUAAAACCCUAAAAUUUCCGAGUACAAUUCUGUCGAUCUUGAUUAAUUUUACUCAAUUUCUCAUUAAUCCACUGAGAAAAUGAAAGGAGGAACAGUUCAGAUCAAUUGGCACGACACUAAGCCAGUUCUAACCCUAGAUUUUCAUCCCUUUUCUGGACUUCUCGCUACUGGCGGCGCUGAUUUCGAUAUCAAGAUUUGGCAAGUGGAUUCGGAAGAAGCGCAAAAUAAAAUUCCAACAGCUUCCUAUCAAACUAGUCUUUCUUAUCACAGUUCUGCCGUGAAUGUUCUUCGAUUCGCUCCUUCAGGAGAAUUAAUUGCUUCAGGUGCAGAUGGAGGUGAACUUAUAUUAUGGAAGUCUCAUCUAUCAGAUGCUGGUCAAGUUUGGAAAGUUCUGAAGACGUUGUCAUUUCAUAGAAAAGAUGUAUUGGAUCUGCAGUGGUCCAGGAAUGGAGCUUAUCUUAUCUCUGGGUCUGUUGACAAUUCUUGCAUCAUAUGGGAUGCUGAGAAAGGCUCUGUCCAUCAGAUUUUGGAUGGACAUCAACACUAUGUUCAGGGAGUGGCAUGGGAUCCAUUGUCCAAGUUUGUUGCAUCUCUUAGUUCUGACAGAACUUGCAGAAUUUAUGUUAACAAACCUCAGAAGGCAAAGGGAGUAGAGAAGAUGAAUUAUGCUUGUCAGCAUGUGAUUGUUAAGGCAGAACAGCAAUCUGCAGAUGAUACCAAGUGCUUGAAGAGUCAUCUCUUUCAUGAUGAGACGUUGCCAUCAUUCUUUCGAAGAUUAGCCUGGUCACCUGAUGGUUCAUUUUUACUAGCACCUGCUGGUUUAUACAAAUGUUCACCUGAUUCUGAAUCUAUCAAUACUGCUUAUGUAUUUUCCAGAAAAGAUCUUUCAAGACCUGCAUUGCAGCUUCCCGGUGCCAGCAAGCCUGUAGUAGCAGUGCAGUUCUGCCCUUUGGCUUUUAACCUUCGUGGAUCAAACUCAGCUGGGUUUUUCAAGCUUCCAUACCGGCUCAUUUUUGCUGUGGUAACUCUGAAUUCACUGUACAUUUAUGACACAGAAAGUGUUGCCCCUCUAGCUAUCUUGGCUGGUCUGCAUUAUGCAGCCAUAACAGAUAUAGCAUGGUCGCCUGAUGGAAAGUAUUUAGCAUUAUCAUCACAAGAUGGAUACUGCACAUUGGUAGAGUUUCAAAGUGACGAACUGGGAACACCUAUCCCUUUUCCAGAUGGAAAGACUACUAGUAGUCAUGUUGACGAGACUUCUAGUCAAAAGAAGCCUGAAGCAAUGGUGGCCAAAGCUUCUGUAAAAGACAGCACUGUUAUUUUAGAGAGUAACCAAACUGCAAAAGAUAGCCCUGUUGUUUUAAGGAAUAACCAAACAGAUAACAAACAGGCAUCACCAGUGGCAAGCACUCCUGUAUCUAGCAAGCCAGCUAAGAGGCGUAUUACUCCCAUGGCAAUCGAUCCUUGACUUCCAUCAUCAUCUUUGUAAAGUUCAUGUCGUAAUCAUCUCUCUGCUCCUAAUCCCUGAGGUUUGGAUUUUCUUCCACAUUUUGUAUAGUGAGUCAUGAACUCUUGAAGGGAAGGGUCCAUAUAUCAGCUAAGAUUGCAAGUGUACCAUGAAAUGAUGCUAAUACAUAAUUUGAUAUCGAUUUUAAUGUUCAAAACUCUGGAGUUUGCCAGCAACUUAGCAAGUCAGUAUCUUCAAGUUUUAUGGUUUUUUAUUCCAGCAAUUGGUUACAAAUGCGGACUUAAUCUCGCACACUUGAGAUGCUGAUAUUUUGGGGAUUUGGUGUUAAUGCAGCUGGAGUAUCCUGCUUUCACCGUUAUUACUGCUUAUUAGGAAUUUCAGAAUUUGGCAUUAAUGGUGUAUUUCCCAGUUAGAAGAUUAUCAUGUCACUGAAUCACACUUGACCUUUUGUACUCUGUAUGUAAUAUUAGCCCUUUCAUUUGUGUCA